CCGUGCUACCUACAGGUAGUAAUGCAGGGAGUGAGCAGCAUGUAGAAAACUGUAGUUGUAGUCUUAUCUGGACUUCUAGAUCAAGAGCUGGUAGUGUACUGCUGCUUCUGGUGCCUUCAAGAAAAAAAAAAGCACAACUUUAUAAGCACCAGAUAUUUUGGUCUGUUCAGCAUUUAUGUGCAUAAAUAACUGCUUUAGGGAAAACGUGCAGAACGAUCCUCGAAUGUUAACUGUUGUGUUGGAACAUUAAAUCCUGCUUUAAAAAUCAACAAAACUUUGUUGAAGGAAACAUGAGCUUAGGCUGUGAACUUCACAAGCAGCCAGCUGAGUUCAUGUCAUGGAGCCCACAGAAGAUAAGGAGUGUAAGAACUUGGCCGAGAGCUCUGAGGGAAGAACAAGAAAACUUACUUUCCUGUGCAGAUGAGCUGCUACGUGAGUGUAGCAUGCUGUGAGCAGCUGCGCCUGCUAUAUAGAUCUGCAAGUUGACAGAGCGUGGAUUCAAAUAAAAGUAAAACAUAACCAUGCUCAUUCAUGUAGCACAAAACUGGUCUGAUUCUCUUUAUAAGAAAAAAAAUCAAUUUUGUUAAGAUUUAACAGCCUGUCAUGAGAAGGGAGCAUACUAAGUAUAUGUUACUUAAAGUAAAAAAUGAGACCUGCUACUUCAUCAUUUCAGUUCUCCCAGAGUGCACUUGAUUCCCCCCCCACGCUUUAUUUUGCCAUAUUGCAGCAUGUACACAGCUUUAUCUGAUCAGUCUGUUUGAUGCCAGUCAGAUAACUGUCAGCCUUGGCUUGGGAGGAGUCAAGAUCAAAAAGCAAGUUUCUUCUUUUUCCUCUCGAAUGAGAAUUUGUUCAUGCUCAUAUACAACACCUGCAAGUACAGCAUCUGCUUCCUCUUCACUUUUGGUGCCAUCAUCAACUUAAUAGUUUCUUCUGAAGACAUCAAAGUUUCAUGUCUAACUUACUUUCACAAAGAAUGCUUUCAUAUAAGCACUUCCUCAAAUGCUUUCAUAUGAUACAGCAUUUUACCAUUUUUUCUAUCUUACAUACUUAAAAAUGUUUAGGUUUUCCUUAGCUUAGAGGAUGUCUUUCAACACUGGCUCGCCAUGUGCUUCUGGUCCUGUCCCACCACAGCUGUGUUCUGAGCAGAAUGCAGCUGGCUUUGACUUCAAAUUCUGUGAUAUUUUUAAAGCCUUGAACUAAAUUUGUCACUUUUUCAAUACCUUUCCUCCCCCACUUACCUUAUUUGACUGCUUAUUUUUGUAGUAGGGUGACACAGCUGCUUAUGUGCUCUGUUUGCUUUUUUUUGUGUGUGUCUUUAGCAAAUCAGAAACAUUAGUUCAAUGACUAAUAAUCUAGUUGGUAAGUAUCCCAAAAUAACCUCAUACCUGUACUGAAUGCCUGCUUCUCACACAUUUUGAGUCUCUAAUGUUGAGACACCGUUGACCUCAACACCUCAUCUCUAGCACAGACACUGUUUAGUAAUUCCCAUGUGAUUUACUCUUGGAGACAAAAAGCAAUCCCUCAUUUUAUUCUGCAAGUGAAGGGACUUAUGGAUAAAUCAGCAACACUUUAUCUUUCACAGGUCAGAAAUGCACACAUUGAAAAAAACAAAGGGAGGUGAUUGCGUCAGGAGUACAGAAGCCCCAGAUUUGUUUUGAGCAGUACAAGCUGGUGUUGGUGCAGUAAAGAAUGAAAUGUGCUUCUGGAGGAAGUGGAGGUGAUUCAACUAUGACUUCUCAUUCUGCAAUAGAUAGGAAGGCCUUUCACAUCUGUCAGUGCUUGUUUCAUCAGAGCUGAAUCAUGUGAAUACUGGCAUGAAAGGGUUCUCUUAGCUUUUCCUGUAAAGAUAACCACUGGUGGGGCACAUUAAGAGAAAGGAAGAAAAAGAGCGAAGCACUGUGUAGUCAUCAUAAGCGGUUCACUUAAGGAAAUCUAAUUUCAAGCUCAGCAGUUGUACCCUGUAAAGAGUAAGGUUAUGGCAAUGAAAGUAUAGCUUUUCUCUACAGAGCUUGAAAUGACAAGAAGUAAAGGGGGGGAAAGAAGAAAUAACCCACAACACUUCAGCUACAAGGGCGAUGAGGAAGGGUGUGUAUGAGCACCAGAUGCCAGUUGUGCAGGUGGAGAACAGGAGUGGAAUUUUUAUGCGGGUCUCAUGGUUUUCUUUUACGACACGAGGUACCUUUGGUUGGGGUGACUGUUAAACUUCAGAUUUACAUAUAGCGUGAUUCACAUAAGCAGAACCAUCCUUUUCAAAACACGUUCCUGUGAGGUUGUCUGAUCACACAGAUGUGCUUGAAGGGUCUUCUUGAAGGUCUGGAGCACAAGUCUGACGGGGAGCAGCUGAGGGAACUGGGGUUGUUUAGUCUGGAGGAGGCUCAGGUGAUCUCGUUUCUCUCUGCAGCCACCUGAGAGCAGUUUGUGGUGAGGUGGGGGUCAGCCUCUUCUCUCAUGUAACAGCCAUAGGAUGAGAGGGAAUAGCUUCCAAGUUGCACCAGAGAAGUUCAGAUUGGAUAUUCAGAAAAAAAAAUCAUUUUCAGCCAGAGCGGUGAGGCAGUGGCACAGGCUGCCCAGGGAGGUGGUGGAGUCACCAUCCCUGGAGGUGUUCCAGAGCCGUGUGGAUGGGGCACUGAGGGACACGGGCAGUGCUCAUGGUGGUUGGACUAGGUGAUAUUAAGGUCUUCUCCAACCUCUGCGAUCCGUGCGCUGGUUGGGAGGGGGCUGAUCCACGCCAGUCCAUGCGGCAGCACUCCCACGAGUGGCCGAAGGGGCUGUCCGGGAGGCACAGCGCCUGUUUAUCACGUUGGGCCUGCGCUGCCGGCACACCUCAACGAAGCGGCCCGGACGGCAGCAACUCUGCCCGUGACACCGCCCGACACACGAGGCGGCCCCGCCCACACUCGUUCCGUCACCGCCCGUCUCCUCGCGUAAUCCUUCCGCGCCCGGGAUCUCUGUCCUCCGCCGGCCCUCUCCCCGGUGCCCUCUCGCCGCCCCGCCGCCCUCAUUGCACGUUGUACCGCGGCUCCGCGCUCCCCCCUCCCUCUCCCCGCCGAGCUUUCCCCGCGGGACUCCCGGAUCCGGGGGACUACUUUUUCCCCCCGCCCUCUCGGAACGCGCACGGCGCAGGUGGCGGCGGCGGCGCCGGCGCCGUGGCAGUUGGAACGGCGGCGAUGGCGGCGGCGGCGCUGAGGCUGCGCUGAGCGGCGGCGCAGGGGGAGGGG